AUGGAGACUUGGAAGACGUUUUGGGGGCUCAUCUUCUUUGCAACUAAUUUUGGUUUUAUCAAGUCACAGAGAAUUGUCUGCAGGGAGGCCUCUGUGGGAGAUGUCGUGUUGCUGGUGGAUGCCAACGUCAACCCCCAGCAUGCCCGCAGCAUGAGGAACUUCUUGUACACCCUGGUAAAUGGCUUCAAUAUCAGCAGAGAGACCAUCCGUGUGGCGCUGGCCCAGUACAGCGAUGUGCCCCAUUCAGAGUUCCUACUUUCCACCUACCACCGCAAAGGCAAUGUGUUGAGACACAUUCAGAAGGUUCAGUUUAAGCCUGGGGGCAACAAGUUGGGCCUGGCCCUGCAGUUCCUUCUAGAUGACCACUUCCAGGAAACAGCAGGGAGCCGGGCAAGCCAGGGUGUGCCUCAGGUAGCCGUGGUGAUCAGCAGCGGCCCAGCUGAGGACCACGUGUGGGAACCUGCUGAGGCAUUUAUGAGGGCAGGCGUCCUGCUUUAUGCCGUUGGCCUCAGAAAGGGAGCGUUGGCAGAGCUCCGGGAGAUUGCCAGUAGUCCUGUGGAGAAAUUUACCUCCUUUGUUCCCAACUUCUCUGGUCUGGACAGUCUCGCUCAGAAGCUUCAGCAGGAGCUCUGUGAUAUUUUGGCAAAGGCAGCUCAACCUGCUGACCAUGCCUCUCCAGCUUGCAGAGAAGCAGUCCUGGCGGACAUUGUCUUCCUAGUAGACAGCUCAACCAGCAUUGGACCACAGAACUUCCAGAAAGUGAAGAACUUCCUUCGCUCUGUUGUCUUGGGGCUUGACAUUGGUAGUGACCAGGUCCAGGUGGGACUUGCUCAGUAUAAUGACAACAUCUACCCAGCCUUUCAGUUGAACCAGUACCCUCUGAAGAGUGUGGUCCUGGAGCAGAUCCAGAAUCUACCCUACCGUACAGGAGGCACAAACACAGGGAGUGCCCUGGAGUUUAUCAGGACCAACUACUUGACUGAGGCAGCUGGAAGCCGGGCCAAGGACAGGGUUCCUCAGAUAGUUAUCCUGGUGACAGAUGGGGAGUCAAACGAUGAAGUCCAGGAGGCAGCUGACAGGUUGAAAGAAGAUGGAGUUCUUGUGUACGUGGUAGGAGUCAACGUCCAGGAUAUCCAGGAGUUGCAAAAAAUAGCCAGUAAGCCAUUUGAGAAGUUUCUCUUCAGCACUGAAAACUUCAACAUCCUGCAGGAUUUCUCAGGAAGCAUUCUUCAGACUCUGUGCUUGGCAGUGGAGGGUGAAAUAAAAGAAUCCACCCAGGCCUAUGCAGAUGUGGUUUUUCUUGCUGACACCUCACGGAACACAUCAUGGACCAGUUUCCAGUGGAUGCAGAAUUUCAUCUCCAGAGUUGUUGGCAUGCUGGAUGUUGGCAGGGAUAAGUACCAGAUUGGGCUGGCUCAGUAUGGUGAUCAAGGUCACACUGAGUUUUUGUUCAAUACGUACCAGACCAAGGAUGAGAUGAUUGCUCACAUCCACGAACACUUUGUGCUCCGGGGUGGCUCCAGGAGGACAGGCAAAGCUCUGCGAUACCUUCAUCAGACCUUCUUCCAGGAGGCAGCGGGAAGCCGGUUUCUCCAGGGCAUUCCCCAAUAUGCAGUGGUCAUUACCUCAGGCAAAUCUGAGGAUGAGGUCCAGGAUGCUGCACAGACAUUGAGGGAAAAAGGCGUGAAAGUCAUGUCUGUGGGCGUACAGGACUUUGACAGGAGAGAACUGGAGGGGAUGGGGACCCCACCCCUUAUUUAUGAAAUGCAAGGACAAGAUGGAGUCAGACAGAUGAUACAUAAUGUGAAUGCGGUGAUUCAAGGGACUGGGCAGCCCGAGUUCAGCACUCAGGCAGAGAAAGAGGCUGCAGUAGUGUGUCCAGUUGCUAUCCCAGCUGACUUAGUAUUCCUCAUUGAGGAAUUUAGCAGGGCUGGACGAUUGAAUUUCCAACAAGUUGUCAAUUUCUUGAAGACCACCAUCAGCUCUCUAAGCAUUCAUCCUGAUGCUGUGAGAAUUGGCUUGGUCUUCUACAGUGAGGAACCACAACUUGAGUUUUCACUGGAUACAUUUCAGAAUUCAGCCAAAGUCUUGGAGCGUUUGGACAAAUUAACCUACCAGGGACAAAGAGGAAGGAUCAAGACUGGGGCUGCUUUGGAUUUCCUAAGAAAUGAGGUUUUCAUUCAGGAGAAGGGCAGCCGGUCCAAGCAAGGUGUACAGCAGAUAGCUGUGGUCAUCACGGAUGGCUUCUCCCAAGACAAUGUGUCCAGACCGGCUUCUCUCCUCCGGAGGGCAGGGGUUACUAUCUAUGCAGUGGGCACCCAGCUUGCCUCAGAGAGUAAGGACCUGGAGAAGAUAGCCUCAUAUCCUCCUUGGAAGCAUGUCAUCCUCCUGGAAUCAUUUUUGCAACUCUCCGUUGUGGGAAGCAAGAUUAAGAACCAGCUCUGCCCUGAGAUUGUGGGCACAAGGGCUUCCAUUUCUAGGAUGGGCAAUGCCCUGCAAGAAGGCUGUGUGCACAUUGAGAAGGCAGAUAUUUACUUCCUUAUAGAUGGAUCUGGCAGCAUCAAUCAAGAAGAUUUUCUUGAAAUGAAGGCAUUCAUGAAAGGGGUGAUAAACGAGUUCCAUAUAGGACCUGACAGAGUACGGUUUGGAGUUGUUCAGUACUCAGAUGGAAUUAAUAGUCAAAUUAUCCUCAGCCAGUAUUCCAGUGCAGCAAGGAUGAAGGUAGCCAUUGAUGGCAUCCAGCAGAGGGGAGGCGGCACCAUGACAGGUCGGGCCUUGAGUAAUAUGGCUCGAGUCUUUGCAGACACUGCUCGCAGCAAUGUACCUUGGUAUCUCUUAGUCAUCACUGAUGGUAAAUCUGCGGAUCCGGUGGCUGAAGCUGCAGAGGCACUGAGGGGAGAUGGAGUCAUCAUUUACGCUAUUGGAGUCAGAGAUGCUAACACUAUUCAACUUAAGGAGAUAGCUAAAGACAAGAUGUUUUUCGUGCAUGAGUUUGACUCCUUGAAGUCCAUUCAACAAGAAGUGGUACGGGAUGUCUGCUCCUCAGAGACCUGUAAGAAAAGGAAAGCUGACAUUAUCUUCCUGAUAGAUGGUUCAGAAUCCAUCUCCCCAAAAGACUUUGAAAAGAUGAAGGCAUUCAUGAAGAGGAUGGUGAGCCAAUCCAAUAUAGGUGCUGAUGAAAUUCAGAUUGGCCUUUUGCAGUUCAGCUCAAGCCCCCAGGAAGAAUUCAGGCUCAACCAAUACUUCUCAAACGUGGAUAUUCAGCGAGCCAUCGAGAAUGUUCAGCAAAUCUAUCAUGGCACCUACACUGGGAAAGCCCUUGAUUUCACUCUGCCCUUUUUUGACAGUUCAAGAGGAGGGAGACCCAGUGUUCCUCAGUAUUUGAUUGUGAUCACCGAUGGGGUGGCCCGGGAUGAUGUAGCCGUACCCGCUAAGGCUCUCAGGGACAGAAAUGUAAUUAUUUUUGCCAUUGGGGUGGGAGAAGCCAAAAACUCUCAGCUCUUGGAGAUUACCAAUGACCAGGACAAAGUGUACUAUGAAGAAAAAUUUGAGUCCUUGCAGAACCUGGAGAAGGAAAUUCUUUAUAAGGUCUGCACUCCACAAGGAUGCAACGUAGAGUUGUCUGUAGGAAUUGAUAUCUCCUCCCCCACAAGGCAAGUUCAGCAGAAGCUUCAAAGGUUGCUGCCACAGCUGAUGCAACAGCUGGCCUUGCUUUCCAACAUCAGCUGUAGCGUUUCUGGGCAGUUCAACAUGAUGUUCCGCUAUUUGGUUCCUGGCCCAAAUGGGCAGCUUAUCUUUGACUCAGGCUUUGAGAAGUACAAUGAUGAGAUCAUUCAGAAGUUCUUGGUUCAUCAGGCUGCCAAGAGCAGCCAUUUGGAUGUGGAUUUUUUGCAGUCCCUGGGAGAUAAUUCUAUUCGCCUCUCUUCUGCUAAAGUGAAGGUCCUCUUAGUGUUUACAGAUGGACUGGAUGAUGAUUUAGAGAGACUGAAGAAAACAUCGGAGCUUCUCCGCAGCAAAGGAUUCUCUGGACUCCUCAUUAUUGGCCUGGAGGGUGUGCAUAGAUUAGAAGAGCUCCAGGAGCUAGAAUUUGGCAGAGGAUUUGCAUAUAACCAACCUCUGAGUGUCAAACUGCGAUCCCUCUCAAGCAUCUUAGUGAAGCAACUUAACACAAUCGUAGAAAGAACAUGCUGCAAUAUGUGUGUAAAGUGUUUUGGAGAAGAUGGGCACAGAGGUGAUGGUGGGAGCCCUGGCAGGAAGGGAGAGAAGGGUUCUGACGGAUUACCUGGUUAUCCUGGUGAAGAAGGUGGACGUGGAGAAAGAGGCCCCCAAGGUCUUCCUGGACUCCGAGGUGAGGAAGGAUGCCGGGGUAUAAAAGGACCUAAGGGAGCAAGAGGAUUUUCGGGAGAGAAGGGAAGCCUUGGUGAUGAUGGUGUUGAUGGCUUGGAUGGAGAACAGGGUAAUCGUGGAGUCCCAGGGUCAUCUGGAGAAAAAGGAAAUAGGGGAAAUAGGGGCUUGAUGGGACCACCUGGACGACCUGGAGAGCAUGGACAGCCUGGGUUAAGGGGCGAUCCUGGGGAUCCUGGAAUUGAUAAUUACAUCCAAGGUCCUAAGGGAGAAAAAGGAAGGCAUGGACAUCAGGGAAGCUCUAGUUUCAGUGGACCUCAGGGAGAAGCUGGAAAUGUUGGCCCCCAGGGGUCAAGAGGAAGACGAGGUCAGCCAGGGUUGAAGGGUGUACAUGGAGAAUCCGGUGAACAGGGUUACCCAGGAGAGCUUGGGUAUCCAGGCCCACAGGGACCAAGAGGAAGGCAAGGAGUACCAGGAACUUUUGGACAGAAAGGUUCACAGGGUGCUCAGGGGAAUCCUGGGCCUCCAGGGCCUAAUGGUUCAAAAGGAAAAGCUGGACCAAGAGGAAUGAAGGGAGAGCUCGGUGAUGAAGGGGAAAGAGGCCCACGGGGUCAACAAGGACCAAGAGGGCAACCUGGUCUUUUUGGUCCAGAUGGAUAUGGACGUCCAGGAAGAAAAGGAACAAAGGGUGAACCCGGAUUUCCUGGCUAUCCUGGAGUACAAGGAGAAGAUGGUGACCCGGGCCACCAAGGAGAGAAGGGGGCAAAGGGAAUCAGAGGGAAGAGGGGCAAUGCUGGCUUUCCUGGAUUUGUCGGAAUUCCAGGUGACCGAGGCCCACCGGGACCAAGGGGCAUCAAGGGCCCCAAAGGUUUGGUAGAUAUGACGCCGUGUGAAAUCAUCAAUUUCAUGCAAGAAAAUUGCCCUUGUUCAACAGGUAUUUCCAAAUGUCCAGCGUUCCCCACCGAAGUGGUCUUUGCCUUGGACAUGUCAAAUGAUGUCUCCCAGUUGGAUUUUGAGAGGAUGAGAGACAUUUUAUUAUCUCUGUUGAUGAAGAUGGAAAUAAGUGAGAGUAACUGCCCAACAGGUGCCCGAGUGUCCAUUGUUUCGUACAACACCAAAACAGAUUACCUGAUUCGCUUCUCAGACUACAAGAGGAAGCCUGCGCUCCUGCAAGCGGUCAGGAAAAUCCCCCUGGAAGUGUCAUCUGGCAGCAGGAAACUUGGGGACGCCAUGAGGUUUGUAGCAAGACACGUAUUCAAACGUGCGCGCUCAGGCCUGCUCAUGAGGAAUGUGGCUGUGUUCUUCCAGGCGGGCUGGGCCCAUGAUACAGAUUCCAUCAGUACUGCCACACUGGAGCUCAGUGCACUGGACAUCAUCCCUGCAGUCAUCGCCUUCACAGAGGAGCACAACCUCCCAGAUGCUCUGCUGAUGGAUGGAGCCAACAGAUUUCACCUGUUUGUCUGGGAGACCAAGGGCCAGCAGGACGUGGGGCAUGUGGCCCGCUGCACUCUCUGCUAUGACAAGUGCCGACCAGCCCCAGAGUGCAGGCUGGGCACUUCCGGGCCCCUGGCUGUGGACGUGGACGUGGCAUUCGUGGUGGACAGCUCCCACGGCGUUGGCGCCGACGAGUACCGCGCCGCCUUGAGGCUAGUGGAUGCUGUGCUCGACGACCUGGAGGUGGCUGUGCAGCCCAGCACGUCCCCCAGUGGGGCGCGCGCAGCCCUGGUGAUGCACACCACUCCUGGCUUCCUGCCGGGCGCCGGGCGCCCCCCUGUGCUCGAGGGCUUCCACCUGACCUCCUACGGCCACCGGACACAGAUGCAGAGGCAUGUCCGCGAGGCGUUGGGCCGCCCCCUGAACGGAGCCCCUGCCCUGGGACAUGCCCUGGAGUGGACGCUGGAGAAGGUGCUCUUGGCAGCCCCGGUGCCCAGGAGAGCGCGGGUCCUCUUCGCCAUCGUGGCCAGCGAGACCAGCAGCUGGGACCGUGAGAAGCUAAAGACUCUAUCCCUGGAGGCCAAGUGCAAGGGCAUCACUCUAUUUGUGCUGGCCUUGGGCCCAGGCGUGGGGACCCGCGAGCUGGCCGACCUGGUCCACGUGGCCAGCCUCCCUUCAGAGCAGCACCUGCUGCGCCUUGAAGGAAUCUCAGACCCAGAGGUGACCUACGCCCGCAGAUUCACCCGGGCCUUCCUGAAUCUCCUAAAACGUGGAACAAACCAGUACCCACCCCCAGAGCUCACUGAAGAAUGUGGGGGCCCGAAACGAGGGGACACUCGGAGGCGAGGAAUUACACCUCUCAAGAGGUAG